AUGGCUUCCCUGAGCUGCCACCAGAAGAGCAUAAUAAUCGUUCUGACAAUCCUCGUAGCAGGAGCCAAUGCUGCAGACAUCUUUCUGACAUGGAAUGUUUCACUUGACACCACCCUCAAUCCCAUUUCCGUCCAGCAACCUGUGAGACACACACAGAAACAUAUAUGCUUUACAUACAUAGGAUCUCUUCUUUACCUGAGUGGUGUCAUUUUUCUGAUUGAGCAGGUUAUUACCAUCAAUGGGAGGUUCCCUGGACCGACAAUCAAUGCGACUACCAAUGACUUCGUCCAUAUCAAUGUCUUCAACGACUUGGACGAGCCAUUACUGUUUACAUGGAACGGGAUACAGCAGAGGCUAAACUCAUGGCAAGAUGGAGUUUCAGGAACAAACUGUCCCAUUCAGCCUGGUCAAAACUGGACUUACAAGUUCCAGACAAAGGAUCAGAUUGGCAGCUUCUUCUACUUCCCAUCGAUCAACUUCCAGAAGGCUGGUGGUGGGUUCGGAGCGAUUCGGGUCAAUAACCGGGCAGUCAUAGCUGUUCCAUUCCCAAAGCCUGAGGACGAAUUCGACCUUCUCAUUGGUGACUGGUACUAUGACAGCUACCAGAUGCUGACCAACGGCCCAGCCCAACCCAACCUCCCAUCUUUGACGAUGCUCAUGAAUGGGAAAGGCCCAUAUGUGAACUCGUCGACCCAAGUAUACGAAUCCUUCACCGUCUCCCAAGGGAAGACGUACAGGUUCAGGGUAUCGAACGUGGGAUUGCGGAGUAGCUUCAACUUCAGGAUCCAAAACCAUCGGCUGCUAGUCGUCGAAACGGAAGGAUCGUACACGAAUCAGAUGGUGGUGGACUCUCUCGACGUCCACGUAGGACAGUCCUACUCUGUUCUCGUCACAGCGGAUCAGGACCUCGCGGACUAUUACAUCGUCGCUUCCCCCAAACUGUCCAAUGUCAGUAACGACCCAAACAGCGGGCUUCUGGGUGUUGGGCUUCUCCGUUACAACGGCUCCUCGACGAACGUCAGUGGGCCGGUACCGAGCGGGCCCAGCCCAUUCGAUAUGCGAUUCUCCAUCGAGCAGGCCCGGUCCAUUAGGUGGAAUCUAACAGCAGGGGCGGCAAGGCCCAACCCACAAGGGAGCUUCAAUGUCUCCAACGUGACAGUGUCACAGACAUUUGUGCUUAGUGGAUCAAAUGCACAAAAUGGUAACGGUGGUGUGGUGUACUCCACAGUCAAUAACGUGUCGUAUAUGACGCCGGACACACCAUUGAAGCUGGCGGAUUUCUACAGCAAUGGCUCCGGCGUUUACACCCUCGACCAGUUCUCGACGAACUCUUCGAACGGCGAGCUCCGGCAAGGGGUUUUCGUGGCCGCCGGGAGGCACAAAGGGUGGUUGGAACUUGUCCUCACCAACGACCUUGGAAGUAUAGACUCGUGGCAUUUGGAUGGGUAUGGCUUCUUCGUGGUCGGGUAUGGAUUUGGAGACUGGACGGCGGCGUCUCGCUUCUCGUACAAUCUGUUCGAUCCGGUUGUUCGUUCAACUGUUCAGGUGUAUCCAAAAGGAUGGACUGCGGUUUAUGCAUUUUUGGACAAUCCAGGAAUGUGGAACCUGAGAUCACAGAAGCUGAGGAAUUGGUAUAUGGGACAGGAGCUGUAUCUGAGAGUGUAUGAUCCUGACCCCAACCCUGCCAAGGAGUUUUCCCCUCCAGCCAACCUUCUCCUUUGUGGAAUUUACAGCAACUCAACUCCACCACCUCCUAAUUCUCCCAACUCAACCCCUCCGCCGCCGUCUCCUUCUCAGGCAUCUUUUCACCACUUCCCAUGGUUCCAAAGCUUCGUGGUGACCGUGGUGGCAACUCUAUAUAUCUGCAUGAAGCAAUAAAUAGUAGGGAGAGCUGCGUUUGACAUCAUGCAAUAUAUAUAUAUACUACAGUACUGUGGCAUUGCCCAGCUAGUGUACUAAGACUCAAAAUUAAGUUCCUACAUUUUUUUACUCAUUUAUUGGUGGUGGUCUAGAUGUAACAUUGAUGCCACAAAAA